CUACCUCUUCACCCCGAGCGACGGCAACGGUCCCGGAAAUGCGAUCUCCUGUUGGCCUUGAGGGAAGACCGACGCGGCGGCACCCCAUGUGCUGAUAAGAAAAACCCACCCCCCGAGAGGGAGGCCGGCGGGACCGGACCCCCUCCCCGCCCCCCCCCUUUUACUCUCCUCAUUCUUCGCCUCUAGAACCGGAGGGCGGGGGGGAGAGAGAGACGAGUCUUCACCGCCUCCCACCCGCCCUUCUGGUGUCAGAUCCUCAGCCGGGCGGGCGCGAGGGUGGCGGAGACGCGCGCAAGAUCCUCGGUUCCUGCCCCGGGCCUGCUCUGGCUUUUCCAGCAGAAAGGCGGGUUCUCGAGCCCCGGAUCUCAAUCGCCCCUCCAACGGAGACACACAACAGAUCGGCCCAGCCGGGCUUCUAAAAUAUUUUCCUUUUCCUAUCGGUGCGGGAGAGACCCCCACGUCUAGCUCAGCCGAACGCCCGGAGAAGGAGCAAUGCGGACUGUCAUACCUAUCGACUAGAAUCUCGGGGUUGUAUGUGUGUGCUCGUUUGGCUUUUUUUUUUUCCUUUGCCUUACUGCGGGACUGGAAGCUUCCUGCCUUCAGCUCUCACCUCCUCCACCCUCGAAGAAGACGGUAUUAGUUGGGUGAGUGUGGGAAGUCGCACCUUCUCUCCACGCCAAACCGACCUUUUCGUCCAUGCUGCAGUGGUGCAAUAUUUUCGUCAUCGAGGGGGAGAAGCAUCUGAAAUACCAAACAAAUCAGAAGUAUUUUUGUAUGACUCAUCUUCCUGGAUUUAAGGACACUCCUGGCCCCCAAGCUGCCUUUCAGGAGUUUUUUCGUUUUUCGUUUUCCAAACAGUCAGAUGUUCGACCCCUUUCCUCUUGAGGAAGAUGGAUUGAAAGUUGCACGUUCGGGGCUUUUCGCUGGGUUGCUGCUGGCCUUUAAGGGACAGAAUGGGAUCGUGUACGACUCCAAAGUGUUGAGUGGUUAAUGCUCUCCGGUUAUGCGUAGGCAAUCCUUAUUUUGCUUUAAUUUGAAGAUUUGGAGGAUUACGCUCUAAACCUUUCCAAGGAGCUCUGGAGCAGAAAGAGUUUCUCUUCGUCCCCGGCUUGAGUGGAACCCCCAAUUUGUCCUCGAUGCCUUCGGCCUUGGCCAUCUUCACUUGCCGCCCGAACUCGCAUCCUUUUCAGGAGCGUCAUGUCUACCUGGACGAGCCUAUCAAAAUUGGCCGUUCAGUGGCCCGCUGUCGGCCGGCACAGAAUAAUGCUACCUUCGAUUGUAAGGUGCUGUCAAGGAACCAUGCUCUCGUCUGGUUUGAUCACAAGACAGGGAAGUUUUAUCUUCAAGACACUAAGAGUAGUAAUGGUACCUUUAUAAACAGCCAGAGAUUGAGUCGAGGAUCUGAAGAAAGUCCACCAUGUGAGAUUCUAUCUGGUGAUAUUAUCCAGUUUGGGGUAGAUGUGACAGAGAACACGCGGAAAGGUAAGGUUACCCAUGGAUGUAUUGUUUCCACAAUAAAACUUUUUCUACCAGACGGUAUGGAAGCCCGGCUACGGUCAGAUGUCAUCCAUGCUCCAUUACCAAUUCCUGUUGACAAGGUUGCUGCUAAUACUCCCAGUAUGUACUCUCAGGAACUGUUCCAGCUUUCGCAGUAUCUACAGGAGGCCUUACAUCGGGAACAGAUGUUGGAACAGAAGCUGGCCACUCUUCAGCGACUGUUAGCCAUCACCCAGGAGGCUUCAGAUACUAGUUGGCAGGCUUUAAUAGAUGAAGAUAGGCUGCUUUCACGGUUAGAAGUUAUGGGAAACCAGUUACAGGCAUGUUCUAAAAAUCAAACAGAAGAUAGUUUACGGAAGGAACUUGUAGCAUUACAGGAAGACAAACACAACUAUGAGACAACUGCCAAAGAGUCCCUGAGGCGGGUCCUUCAGGAGAAAAUUGAAGUGGCCAGGAAACUAUCUGAAGUAGAGCGAAGUCUGAGUAACACUGAAGAUGAAUGUACGCACCUAAAAGAAAUGAAUGAAAGGACUCAGGAAGAAUUAAGAGAAUUGGCCAAUAAAUAUAAUGGAGCAGUCAAUGAAAUUAAAGAUCUCUCUGACAAGCUAAAGCUAGUAGAAGGAAGGCAAGAGGAAAUACAGCAGAAGGGACUAGCUGAAAAAAAGGAAUUACAGCAUAAACUAGAUGAAAUGGAAGAAAAAGAACAAGAGCUCCAAGCAAAAAUAGAAGCUUUGCAAGCAGAUAAUGACUUCACCAAUGAACGACUAACUGCUUUACAAGGGAUACAAGUUGACGACUUCUUACCUAAAAUUAAUGGGAGCCCUGAAAAAGACCACUUUCUUUCAAAGAGUGGCGGGGACUGCACUUUUAUUCAACAGUUCACAAAGUGCCAGAACAAGCUCAUAGACGAGGGACAUCUAACCAAAGCAGUGGAAGAAACAAAGUUUUCGAAAGAAAACCAAGCAAAAGCAAAAGAAUCAGAUUUGUCAGAUACUCUCAGUCCAAGCAAGGAAAAAAGCAGUGACGACACUACAGAUGCCCAAAUGGACGAACAGGACCUAAAUGAGCCUCUUGCUAAAGUUUCAUUAUUAAAAGAUGAAUUACAGGGUGCGCAGUCAGAAACUGAGACAAAACAAGAAAUUCAGCAUCUGCACAAGGAGUUGAUUGAAGCUCAAGAGCUAGCUAGAGCAAGUAAACAAAAAUGCUUUGAACUUCAAGCGCUUUUGGAAGAAGAAAGAAAAGCCUACCGAAAACAGGUUGAGGACUCCACCAAGCAGAUACAUGUUCUUCAAGCCCAACUACAGAAGUUGCAUAUUGAUAUCGAGAACCUUCGUGAGGAAAAGGAGAAUGAAAUAACAAACACACGUGAUGAAUUAGUCAGUGCUCAAGAUGAGAUUCUGCUCCUUCAGCAAGUUGCUGAAAAAGCUGCUUCUAAGCGGGACACUGAUAUUGCUUCACUACAAGAAGAGCUUCAGAAGGUGCGGGCUGAGCUGGAGAAGUGGCGGAAAGCAUCUUCAGAGUAUGAGAAAGAAAUUAUUAAUCUGCAAUCAAGUUUUCAACUUCGAUGUCAGCAAUGUGAGGCCCAGCAGAAAGAGGAAGCCACAAGGUUGCAAGGUGAACUGGAACAAUUGAGAAAGAAAUGGAAUAAACUGGAAGUUGAAUGUCUUUCUUUGAAAAAGGAGAACACUUCGCUUUCAUCGGAACUGCAGCAGCAAGAAAGGGAAUUGCACAGCUCUCAGAAGCAGAGUUUAGAGCUAACCAGUGAUUUAAAUGUCCUUGCAAGGACCAAAAAAGAACUCGAGAAUCAGAUGGGAUCCUUGAAAGAACAGCAUCAGCGGGAUUCAGCUGAUUUAAAAACCCUGUUGAAUAAGGCUGAGAAUCAAGCAAAGGAUUAUCAGAAAGAGUAUGAAAAGACAGAGACUGUACUCUCGGAACUGAAAUUGAAAUUUGAAGUGACUGAGCAAGAGAAACAGUCAAUCACUGAUGAACUCAAACAAUGUAAAGAUAACCUGAAGCUGCUACAAGAGAAAGGAAACAAUCCUUCCAUAGUACAACCCGUCCCAGCCGUAUUCAUCGGCCUAAUCCUGGCUUUCCUGUUUUGGUGUUACGGUCCAUUGUGGUAGAGAAAGAAACACUGGCCUUGGAUGCCUAUGUUGGCAGCUCUGGUGGCUGUGACAGCGAUAGUGCUGUACCCAGGCUUAACUAGAACUUCAUCAUGAGAACCUGUUUUGAAUCCGUACACCGUCCUCCCUUUAGAAGCUGGCAACACACCAACACUGGGGAAAAAAUCCAUUUUCUUCCUUUUUACCUCUUGCAACGUAUCAGCAGUAGGGUUGUUGCUUGAAAUUGUAUAAAAUAUAUCUGUCUAUAAAGAGGGAAUAAAAUUGUGACUUUAUUCUAGUGUAAGCAAUAAUUUGCUUGCAAUUUUUCAUGUAAUUUUUGAAUUAGUCUCUUGGAGUUCUAAAUACUCUGGAGGCCUAAAGUAGGUUUCUUGGUACCAAAUUAUUUAUAACAUUUAGGUUUGUGUCUAUUUAACUCUAGAUUCUGAUUGCCAGAUAAAAAUCAUUUUUCUAAUUGGUUUCCUACCCAAAUAAAACACAUACCAACCAAGGCAUAUCAAUUUGAAAUGAUAGAAACUUUUUUUAUUUUUUUUAAUUUUUAUUUCAUUUUAAUUUUUCUUUUUUUUUUUUGGAAAAAAAGCAUUUACUCCAUUUGUACUUCCUACAUAAAUCACUGAGGUAUUGGGAACAAGAUUUAGAGACAACUCCUAUUUACAUGCUUUUUAAAGAAAAAAGGGUCCCUGGACAAGGUUCUGGGUAAUGGACACAUUUGUGCAGCCUCAACAACAUGACUUGGAAACACAGAUGGAGUCAGCCUCGAGGAGUUUUAGGGAGAGUGGGUGCAUAUGGACUGAAGUAUUUCUGGGAGCAAAAAACUUGAUCAUUUCACAACUACGCUUCAGUGAUAUAAACUCUGUUGAUUUCAGUAAGAAUGAAGUUUAUUAAAAUUUGUAUAUUUAACGUGACAGUUGCUUUAAAAGUCAAAUGCUUUCUCAUACUUUAGGAAGCUUGACUUUUACUUAUCUAUUCUUUCUGACGUGGUUAAUUGGAGGAUGCAUACUUUAGAGAAACUUUUAUUGGAUUCAUUUUGGAAGCUUUGGAGGCAUUGUAGAGCUCACAGUCCUGAAUCAAAUUCUAAUUUUGUAAAAUUAAUUAGCUCAUGGAAAAUGCUAUUUGAGGACUCUUAGUCUUGAUUUUUCAACAAAACCCAGGAUCUUCUGGUUUAAUCCCGAAGUACCACAUUAGGUAAAUUCUGUGCCACUCAACAGUUCUGCAAGUAAGCUUCAUUGUGAUUCAUAUUGUCAAGUUGAAGUUAUUCGGUUAAAGGAAACCAAAAGGAAAAUCGCAGCAAGCAUUCAAUUGGCUUGAACACUUUAUGGCAAUCGGACAGGUCUAGCCUAGACGUUUAGCAUAUAAUUUGCCUUGUGAGGUUUCAAGGGUCAUUGUUUAUCCUUUAAAGGUUAUAUUUUAAGCUAUUUGGGAUUUGCUAAUGGGAGGAUCAGUAGAUUUGUGGACUAAUUAUUCCACCAGCUACUUAUAGAAAACAAUAUUGAGAUAUAGUUCAUGUCGUCAUUUUUUAGUUGCAGGAAGCCACCCAACCACAAAUGCUCAUAUGCCAGUGGUACCCAGUACCUCUUGUAUAUAGGUUAUUGCAAAUAUUGUUCUGAAAUGCUUAACUUCAGAAUUACAUUUUUUAAAAAUAAAUUGUUUUAAAUCUAUUUUGUAAAGAUAUAAAAAUACAAUAGAAUUUCUGGAGUACAAAUUAAACUAUUUGCACUAACACACACGAUGUGCAUGAUUUAAUAAAAUAACUUUACUCUCCCUG